AUGACGGAAGAAAGAUUGAAAACAGUGUUCUUUACCUUUUCAAUUGCUUUAAUAGCAUGUAUGGGUUAUAUGGUCUGUGGUACGUGGAUCGGAUGGUCGUCGACGGCCAUCUACCAGAUGAAAAACAACCAGACUGAGUUGGAUGUGACCAAUUACGGGACGAUGAUCGCCAUGUAUGACUUGGGCAACAUGAUUAGCCCCAUACCAUGCGGUUAUGUUCUGGGAUUAUACGGAAGGAAGCAGACAAUCAGCAACAUCGGUCCGAUGAACAUGAUAGCCUGGAUCAUGAUGCUCACGUGGCCGUCCCGGUUGGAUGAACUAUACUUGGCCAGGCUGUUCGCCGGACUGGCCAAGGGGAUGACAAUCUCCGCAAUACCAAUUUACGUGGGCGAAAUAGCCGAGGUCAAGUUACGAGGUGCUGUGUUGUCCAUGUUUCCGAUUUCGUUGGCGAUGGGCAUGCUAUGUAUUCAGAUGAUCGGCCAAUUUCUGAAUUACCGACAGCUCAAUUUACUAGGUCUGUCCAUCUCAACCGUGUUCACUGUCCUGUUCUUCUUUAUGCCUGAAUCCCCGUACUACCUGAUGCAGAAAGAUCGGAAGGAUGAAGCCGAGAAAUCGCUCAUGCGUAUCCGGGCCAAGGAUGACGUCGAGGACGAGCUGGCGAUGAUCGAGGAGACGGUUGCCAAGCAGAUGCAGUCAAAGGCGACGUACAGUGAGCUGUUCAUGACCAAGUCCAACCGGAGGGCUUUAAUCAUUACGAUGGGAGCUUGCGUGUUUCAGAGGUUGAGCGGUAUUAGUCCUUUCAUACACUUCAGCUCGAUAACGCUGCCGUCCAAAAAUUACUGGUUGAACCCGUUGGUGGCCGUCAUGGUGUUCACCAUGAUCAAAAAUUGCGGAAACUUUUUGCCCUUGUUUUUGGUGGACUUGUUGGGCCGGAAGCCGCUGAUGGUGUUGUCACACUUUGCGAUGGGCGUUGCGACGGCCCUGUACGGCGUCGGCCUGUACGUAGUUGCCAACGUGGAGGGGGGCUCGUCUUUAUCGUGGUGGCCGGUACUGUUACUGUGGGCGUUCAUACUGUCUUACUCAAUGGGCGCCGGGACGCUCGCGUACACUCUGCUCGGUGAGAUGUUCGCGGCCAAUGUCAAGACGAAGGCGGCCCCGCUGUGCGUCGUGUUCCUGGCCGGUGCCUCGUUCAUUCUGGACGGCAUCUACACGUUCAUGACCAAUGCGUUUGGCGUCUACUCCAAUUACUUCUUGUACUCGGUGUUCAACUUCAUUUGGGUAGUCGCCUCUAUCUUCAUCAUGGUCGAGACCAAGGGGAAAACCUUUUUGGAGAUAGAGGAGAUGCUCGCGGCUUGA